CCCCGCAUCCGGAAGUCGUCCCUAGUCUCUUUCCGGUCCUACUCACAUUGCCUCUCUCCUCGCGUCACCGCCAGGAUGAAACCCAUCCUGCUGCAAGGCCAUGAGCGGUCCAUCACGCAGAUCAAGUAUAACCGCGAAGGAGUCAAUGGCGAGCGGCUGGGCACCUACAUGGGCCACACUGGAGCUGUGUGGUGUGUGGAUGCUGACUGGGACACCAAGCAUGUCCUUACUGGCUCAGCUGACAACAGCUGUCGUCUCUGGGACUGUGAAACAGGGAAGCAGCUGGCUCUACUCAAGACCAACUCGGCCGUCCGGACCUGUGGCUUUGACUUCGGGGGCAACAUCAUCAUGUUUUCCACAGACAAGCAGAUGGGGUAUCAGUGUUUUGUGAGCUUCUUUGAUCUGCGGGAUCCAAGCCAGAUCGACAGCAACGAGCCCUACAUGAAGAUCCCCUGUAAUGAUUCAAAGAUCACCAGUGCUGUCUGGGGGCCCCUCGGGGAGUGCAUCAUCGCAGGCCACGAGAGCGGAGAGCUCAACCAGUAUAGCGCCAAGUCUGGAGAGGUGUUGGUGAAUGUUAAGGAACACUCUCGGCAGAUCAAUGACAUCCAGUUGUCUAGAGACAUGACCAUGUUUGUCACUGCGUCCAAGGACAACACAGCUAAGCUCUUCGACUCCACAAGUCUUGAGCAUCAGAAGACUUUCCGAACAGAACGUCCUGUCAACUCAGCUGCUCUCUCUCCCAACUAUGACCAUGUGGUGCUGGGAGGAGGUCAGGAAGCCAUGGACGUAACCACAACCUCCACCAGGAUUGGCAAGUUUGAAGCCAGGUUCUUCCAUUUGGCUUUUGAGGAAGAGUUUGGCAGAGUCAAGGGCCACUUCGGACCGAUCAACAGUGUUGCCUUCCAUCCUGACGGCAAGAGCUACAGCAGCGGCGGUGAAGAUGGUUAUGUCCGCAUCCACUACUUUGACCCACAGUACUUUGAGUUUGAGUUUGAGGCCUAAGCAGCUGGAUCUCCAUCCACAAAGGGAAAGCUGCUCACAGAAGGUUUUAGACUCUGAGAAAUAAAUUAGUUUGUUAAAAAUA